UUACAUGUGAUGAUGAUGAUAUAUCAGACAAUAGAAAAAAGUAUGUUAAAUUGUUACAAAUCAAUGUCAAUUGUGAUAAAAAUCAUUCGAAAUUAAAUUUGUACUGUCAUUUUUUCCAAUUUUGUUCAUUGUUUUGACAUUAAUUUUCUUGUUUCCAUUGCGAGUAACUCUUACUUUCUACUUACAAUUUAACUCAAGAACAAAUUUAAUUGUGUUUUUUAUUCAGUAAAAUGAUUUGUUUUCCUUUAAUUGUGGUUUGUUCAUCUGAUUAUCAAAUUUAUUCAAAUGAAUUGAGAAUUUAAAUGUUAAAUCAAAAGACUGGAUGUAAAUUUGUUUUUCAAUUCACUUGAUGAUUAUCUUUUCUUCUGUGUAUUUGUAAUUAACAAAUUUUAAAAUUCAACAGACACAAACUGUUGGAUAACGAAAUCAAGUUAAAAUAACCUAAGGGAUAAUCGUCAUCAUGUCAGGAUCAUCAAGUGGCCAUAAUAGACAACCAAGUGUUCGGCGUAAUCGUAAAGUUAUCGUUAGCUCAGUUUCAAGUUCAGGGUCAAGUUCAUUACCCAUCAGCCGAGGAUUAGGAAGAAGUUCUGGUUCUCAUGGGAGCAAUAGUAAAGGGAGAGUUAUUAUAACACCCUCAUCAUCACCCCCACCGAAUCCAACAGCAACAACAACAAUAACCACAACCACAUCAACAGUGAAAACGAUUAACUCAACUGGAUUAACCUCCAGAUCAACAAUUACUUUACCUGUAAGACCAACAACAGAGCCAACAACACCGACAACCAUACCAACCAUUAUCAUUGAAGAUAGUGAUUCAUCAACACGAUUAACUAACGAUCCAAUAAUAACUAUUCUGGAUAAUUAUUCAUUCCCUGAAGCCGGAAAAGAUGUCAAAAUUAUUGACCACAGAUUCUUGUACAAGAAUGAUGUCAAUUUAUCUUCCACCAUGAUGUCUAACACCAUGGUGCUCAUCUCUCAUCAUCAAAUGAAUCAGCUUCAUGUGUUUACCUCAAUUGAUCUUAUUUUCUGCUCUAUUCUUUUAUAAAUUUUUCUUAUAAUUCAUAGUCUCUAAAUGUAUUAUAAUAUUUUCACCAUGAUUAUUGAUUUGGCACCAGAAUAUUUCAUACUCGGAAUCAUUAGGAUGAUGAUGAUGAUGAGGUUAAGGUAAAGAGGGAGUAAAAAGUGGGGCAGUAACUUUACAUAGUUGGAAUCGAUCAGCAAAAAUAAUAAUAUUACAAGUUCAAUGCUGAAAAUAAUAACAAUUCCUGUUAUUAUUAAUAUAUUAUCAUUAUUAUUAUUGUUAUGAAUAUACUGAAUCUCAAUGUUAUAAAUAAAUUAUCACAUCAUGAGGUUUUCCUAUCAA